AUGGGGUGCAUGUUAAGAAGUGAUCCAAUGACAUUUUGUGAUAUGUAUCUCCAACCGGAAACUGCAUUUGAAAUAGUGGAUCAUUUAGGCGAAAUGGGAUGUACACAAUUCGUAGAUAUGACCCCUGACCUUAAACCAUUUCAAAGAAAUUACGUUACCGAAUUGUGUCGUUGCGCAGAGAUGGAACGUAAACUCCUGUAUAUGGAAGGAGAAAUGCUGAAAGAUGGCAUAAAUAUAACUGAAUAUAACAGCAUAGCACCGAAAGCAUUACAGUUACAUGAAGUAACAGCCCUAGAAAAUGUACUUGAAAAAUGGGAAUCUGAUGUAUUGAACAUGUCAGAAAAUCAGACUCAGCUCCUGAAGAAUUAUUUGGAGUUAACAGAAAUGAACUAUGUUAUAAAUCACAUUGGCCCAAUGCUAGGACAAUCUGAAUUAACCGAGGAAUCUCUAUUUGCAAAAGGGGCCGCUGCUGGUGAUACAGGAUUCUUAGGUCGUCUAUUUGUAAUAACUGGAGUGGUGAAACGGAGUAGGAGUUUUCCUUUUGAAAUGAUGCUGUGGAGAGUUUCUCGUGGAAAUAUUUAUUACAGACGAGCAACACAAGACGCUAUACUCCAAGAUCCACAGACGGGUCAGGAUAUCCGCAAGGUGGCGUUUUUAGCAAUAUGUCACGGAGAACAGCUGAGUGAACGUCUGGAAAAAGUGUGCAAUGGCUUUCACGUUAGCGUGUAUCCUUGCCCCCAAACUUUUGAUGAGAGGAUGGACAUGAUGCUGCAGCUUGAUUUACGAAUUAGCGACUUAGAAAAGGUUAUGAGAAAAAUGAAAUAUUAUAGAUGCAAAGCUCUGCGUACAGUUAGCAAGCAAUGGGAAACGUGGAUGGUUCAAAUUAAAAAGUCAAAAGCAAUCUACCAUAUAAUGAAUAUGUUUACCUUAGAUAUAACAAAAAAAUGCCUCAUUGGACAGUGUUGGGUUCCAAACCUUGAUUUACCCAGAGUAGAAGAUAUGUUAGCUCGUGUGUCGGAAAAUGCUAAAUCAAAUGUUGAAUCUUUCGUAUUGAAGUCCGACGACGCGGACGAGCCACCCACUUUUCAUCGCACUAACAAGUUUACAAAAGGCUUUCAAGCGCUUAUUAACGCUUACGGCGACUCAACCUACAGAGAGCUAAAUCCAGGUGGC